UGGUGUUUAGUAUAGUGGCUAGGCUAGGCAAACGGAGAGUUGCCGCUCGUCUGGUACGUUCAGUAUUCGCAUUGCACUGCCUCGAAGACGUUCGCAAUUUUAAAACUUGGCAGGGAAUUUAAAAAAAAAAACAUUUCGCCGGUUUUACUGGAUUUUUAAUUAAGUGAUAAGGGAAGUUUUUCGAAAAGGAAAAAACAUAGUGUAAAUCAAGUGUGAAACAUUUUUGUGGCAAAAGACAAUUUUUUUGCUUUUUAAAAUUGAAAUAUUUCUGUGGUACACUCUCCUUGGAAUAUUUUUUUUAUCUAUUGUGUGUAUCUGAUAAUAAUUGUGUUUCAAGUGUUGAUUCAAGCUUUGAUUUUUUUUCGAUUCUGAUGACAGGAGUGUAUUAGUUUCUUUUUUACACCCAAAGUUUUAGUAGUUUGUUACCACUACCACUGUUUAAAAAAAAAAUGGAAGUUUUGACAAUUUUCCUAAAAAUGACAAUUUUCAUUUUGUGAGAAAAUGGAAAUUUUCUUUAUAGUGUUUUGACAGUGUUUUUCUCUCCCCCUCCCCUUCCACAUCUUUAAAGGAGUGACCAGAGUGAAAAAAGUGAUUUCUUGUUUUAAAAAAGGGAAAUAAUAAUGGAAAUCUUGAGUUUGGAGGAAAAAAAUAGGAUUUUUUAGUGAAAAAUGAAGGAUUUGCAAGUUUUCGAUUUUCUUAUAAAAUUGGGAUUAGUUUGGAAAAAAUUUCAUUGAACGAGAAGGAAAAAAGUAAUUGUCAACAAAACGGAUAUUCACAAAGAGAGAGAGAGAGAGAGAGAGAGAGAGAGAGAGAGAGAGAGAGAAUACAUUGACUUAUGCUUCGCGAAUCGUUGUCACGUGUGACGUAAGCGCGCUUCAUUUUUUUUUACAUUUCGCAACACGCCUCAAACGACAAUUAAGAAAAAUAUUUCUUCUUCUCUUUCUACUUCGCGGGAAAUUUCGACAAUUAUUGUUUAAAAUCGUUUUUCAUUCUUGUGCGCGCCUCGUGCAACAAAAGGACUGUGUUUGUCAAUUCGAGAGUGCAAGUGUAAAAGGAAGAAGAGCAGUGACAAAGUUGUAUAGGCUAUAGUUAUAAUUCAAGUCUCUUGGUGUACGUUUGGUGUCAGUAACUGGUUGCAAUAAAAAGGAAAAAAAACGAAAAGAAAAGUUAGGAAUUUCUCGCAGUUGGAAAGUUUUCGAAAGGGUUUAAAAGGUGACGAGGGACAGAAGAGAGGUAAGAGGCAAGACCCUUUUGGGUGAUUAAUAGAAGAGAGGGACAGGUGAUUGAGAGGUGGUUUUGGAUGUUAGAAGGCGCGGGGGUGGCUAAAAAGGCCCCGUCGCUGGGAACGGGUCCCGAUGCCGGUCCCCGUAUCUCAAACCCAUACGUUGACCUCCACCCUCGUACCCAAGGAGGAGUCAAACAUGCCCUUCAUCGACGACGAAUUACUCUGGUGCCCUGACAACGACGGCAAGAUGGUUGAUCUCACCCAAUGUCUUCAGGAAAGUACUACAGGGCAACCGGUCGAAUUUUCGGCAAUGGAACUAAGCGCCCUUGUGGGAGUUCCAGCACCUCCGACUGGCACAACAGAGGAGGCUGAAGGAAUGUCGGGUGUUAAUGGCGAGGAGCCCUUUGACACCUUGGACACGUUCCUUCGAGAAUUACAAGCAGAUUUGGCGGAAGCCAAUCAACCCACCUCAACAACUGCCUCAUUGUUAUCGUGUAGGCGGCAAAGGUACAACAUCGCUGCCGCAAAUCCUCUCCUAGCAGAAAAAUUAUCAACUCCAACGACGCAAACAUCGCAGAAUUCAAUUCCAUACGCGACGAGGGCGGAAAUCAAAACGGAGAACAUUCAGCCAGAAACGAGUAAAGUUGACACGAGGGAAAUACAGCCUCAUGACACGGGAGAGAAGGAAGCACUUGGUUUGGCCCCUGUUAAGGCUGAGCCUGGAUCGACGACAGGAAAUCGUCUUCUGCAUGGUAUCCUCUCCCAGCAUUCUCAGCAGCAUUCGCUGGGUGUGCAAAAUGGUUAUGGCCGACAUAUGGCCAAUCAUUCUCAAUUGGGUCAACCACCCUACACUGCCUCAAUUGCAAACAAUAGUACUCCAGGAAGCGGAUCACUGCCAGCGAGUCCAGCGGACAGCGGAGUCAGCGACGUUGAGUCGAGCACAUCCUCUGGCGGUAACGAGGACGCGAAUCUCCUUUUAAAAGCAAGGCUCAAUCCAAACUCGUCCCUCCAGCCGAGCCUCGCAUCGUCUCAUCACUCUCACCUGACAGCAGCAGCCUUGGGAAGGUCAGCGUGUCACAGUCCAGGUGUUUACCCCUCGACGACGGGAUUUUUGCCACCGUCAUUUCAUCCCCAUCAACAUCAUCCGUCUCAGUAUCAUCCCCAUAGAGGCAGCUCGCCACACCAUCAGCACAGUAACCAUGGAAUGGGACCGUCCAUGGGACCUCCACACCACCACCACCUUCACCAACCACCAAAUUUGCAACAUCUACACUAUCGCCAGCCACCUUCCCUAUCGGAGAGUUACAGCAGCUACGUGAAUUCGAUGUAUGGAAAUAAUGGACAAUUCACGGCACCAUGUACACCGAGUCCACCGAGAGGACCAGGCGGUGUACCGACAAGUGUAAUUCAAGCGGCGACAAGUUCCGUUUCUGACGAUUUAUAUCUUUUGGAAUUGGGUUUUCCACCGAGGCCAAAGAAGAAUAAAUUAAAGAAGCCACGACAGGGCGAAGGUGGUGCGGCAGUGAAGAGAAAAUCACGUGAGGGCUCAACCACUUAUCUUUGGGAAUUCCUGUUGAAAUUAUUGCAGGACAGUCAAUAUUGUCCGCGUUAUAUUAAAUGGACAAAUCGUGAGCGUGGUGUCUUUAAACUCGUUGACAGUAAAGCUGUCUCAAAAUUAUGGGGACUCCAUAAAAAUAAGCCCGACAUGAAUUAUGAGACAAUGGGACGUGCAUUACGUUAUUAUUAUCAGCGUGGUAUCCUCGCCAAAGUCGAUGGUCAAAGGCUCGUCUAUCAAUUUGUCGACGUACCAAAAGACAUCGUUGAAAUUGAUUGUACGGGUGCGUGAAAAACAAUUGUCUAUCAGUUCAAUUAUUAAUAGCUCGGAUCGUACGGAAACAGGCAGAGGAAAAAAAACAAAAAAAAGAAAAAUAAUCGUCGAGCUAUUUCAUAAUCCCUCAGGCGAUGUGACAAUUACACACAAAUACAAAAAAAAAUUGAGAAAGAAAAACCCUCUCUGGCUCCGUUGUUCCUUGUUUAUUCCUCGACAUCAUUCAUUGAAAAUUCUUCUGUCGAAUCACCUUCCGAUUUUUCUAAAAAUUCUUCUUGAUUUCUAAUCUCCAAAAUUUUCUAAUUCUUUACCAUACAAAAAAAUUUAUUUGUAAUUAAUCUUUAAGUUUUAACCUAAUUUUUAGUGAAGAAAUUUUUGUUAUUGUUGUUGAGGGAAAUUGUGGAUAUUGUUUGUGGGUUUUUUUCAAAUUUUUAUUUCUAUUUUUAUUAUUAAAAUUGUUGACAAAAUUCUAAUUUUAAUCAAAUUGGUAAAGAAUUAUAAAAUUUUAGCAACGCGUAUGAUUGAAUGUAAAAUUAAAUGUAAGGAAAAUUAUAAGAAUCACUGUAAGUUCACUGUAAGUUAAUUAAUUACUAUAAAUUAAUUAAUCAUAGUAAAUUGAAUAAGAAACAUUAAUUGAUUAAAAAUUAAUUUUUAAAAAUUAAUUAAAUGUAUUACUGAAAGUUAAUUAAAUGCGUAAAUUAAUUAAUUAGAGAAAGGUAAUACAAUUUAAUAAAAAUGAUGACUUACUAAUUGAUCUCGAAUUAGUGUAUAAAUUAAUAAUUUAGAAAAAUGAACAAUUACAUAAUUUUUUCCAAAAGCAAAUUUAUUCUUUAAUGAAAUUGAAAAUUUGAUUUUUUUUACGGAAAGUGAUAAUUGCAAAAAUUAAUAGAAAAUUCGUUACAUUUAAUUAAAAUAAAGAGAAGAAGAAUCAUUAAUUCAAUCAGUGAUUCAUUUAUCGUCGAGUCGAUACAAAAAUGUGUUUUCUACUAUAAUUGAGAUUUAGAGAGCAGAAAGAACAGAAUAAUUAUUAUAUUGUAAAUCUUGUUCUUUUACAGAAAAACUAUUUCAUGAACAAUUCGGGAACUUUUCUCAAACAUUUUCAGUUCUCGUCCUGCUGAGAAUAUUAAAAUAAUUAAUAAAUUAUUCGAUUUAUUAACAAAAAAAAUAUUUUUUCUUUUUAAUCUUAAAAUUAAAAAAUUAAAAAGAAGUUUCCGAUUUCUUCAUGAAAAGAAAGAUUCCGUAAAUAAAAAAAAUCGGAAGGUUAUUCGACAUUUUAUAAUUAUAGAAAAAAUGAGUGAGGAUCGAAUUCGAACAAAUUGAUCUUUGACUUUUGUAUUAUAUUAUUUUUCCACUUUCUCGUUAAAGAUAAAAAUGCGAGCGUAAUAUGUAACUAUAACUCUUUUUUGGAGACUUAGGACCAUUGAUUUCUUGAGGAAAACGAAGAAGAAAAAAAGUGAAAUUGUACAAAAAAAAAUUUAGUUCUUAAAGUAUCGAAUAGUGCGAUGCGAAUAUUAAUGUGUAUUUUAUGAAAUCUCUACGGACAAAUUACUUAAUUUAAAUUUAUAUACGUGUAUCUAGGCAAAAUUUGUACAUUUCAAACACAAUGAAUUAUUUAUUGUACAUUGACGCGAGGCGGUUUGAAAAAAGAAAACGAAAAAAAUGCUUUUUUUCUGUGUAAAGAAAACGAGAGAAAGUUUCUUUCGUGAGGGUAUAAGCGCGAGAAAAAAAAACGAAUCGAGGGCUGUGAGAAAAAAAAAUUUGGGGGAGAUCGCGUUUUUUAGUGUCUGGUUUUUUUUUUGUUUUUGUUUCGAAAUUUGGAACGAGCUCAGGGAGGGAAAUAUUAAACACUUAAUAUAUUUUUUAUAAAUAUAAAAAAGUGGCAAUUAUUCCACUUGAGCCGAGGGUUUUUAACCGAUGAUGUGUUUUGGUGCUGGCUUUAUUACACUCACACUCACACAUACAUACACUUUACACACGAGGUCCAAGAAUGUUAUUUAGCAUCCUAGCGUUUUACUAAAUUCAUACAAAUUAUUUGAGAUAAAUAUUAUAUUCUCUUUGUACAUAUAAAAAAGAAAAGUAUACCUUUUUAGCAUAUAUAUAAAUAUAUAUAUAUUAUUGAAUAUUAUAUAAAUAUUAUAUAUAUAUUAUAUAAAAAAAAAUAUAUAUAUAUUGUACGUUAUGUAGUAAAUGGAGUGAAUUGUUGUGUUUCUGUGAGAUUAUGUGUCGCGUUCAAGGAGAGAGAGAGAGGAGAAAAAUGAGACAUCGUUCUAACGAUGUCUCUUCGUGUUAGAAAAUAUUUGGCGAAUGUAAAAUAAAAACGCACACCGACUAAACUUCCAAUAGUUUCUCAAAUCAAUGUCGUUUUCGAGAAUUCUCCUUGAGUCCAGGGUGUAAUAAAAAAAUAAAACUUAGGAGUAAAAUUUUUAACUUAUUGUCGCUCUGGGUCGUAAUGUUGUGCGAGCGUGUGACCUUUGAACUUAAGUUUCUUUUUUUGUACAUAUUAUAUAAAAAAAAAUGAGAACAAUCUGCUUAAAAAUUAUUAUACAUAUGUCGAGAAAAAAAAAUGGUUAAAAUGUUAAAUAAGAAAAUGAAAAAAAAAUAAAUAAAAGAGAGUUUCACUAUUAUAUUAUACAAAGACAGCCAAUUGCUCUCUGAAGAUUAUAUAUAUUAUAUAUUAUAUAUAAAAAAAUAUGGCAAAGAAAAAAUUUUUAAUUUUUACUAGGACGAAGUACAGUUUAAAAUAUACAGUUUAUUGUUCCAGUGCUGCCAAUAAUGCCUGUAAUAGGUCCCGCGAAUUUCUCAACAAAAUAUAAUGAAAUAAAAAAAAAAGUUGUAUAGAGAGAAAAAAAUGUUUGGGACUUCAGACAUACCGAUGAUACAAAGCGAAUUGCCUUUUCAUAAUAACAAAGACGUGUUGCCUUCUGACGUAAAUUUAAAGAGAAAAAAAACGGGGUAAACCAAAUUUUCAUCUCACCGUUUUUUAUUAUAUCCAAAAAAAACACUUUGUCCUUGUAUAUCUUGAAUGAUCUUUAUACCUCUUCGAACUUUGAAAAAUAGAUUUUUUAACGUGCGAACUUUUUCUAGUAUACUUUUUGGAAAAUAGAUUAUUGAAAAACGAGAAUUUUUUUUCGAUUAAAGAGAAAAAGAAUAAACAAAUGAGAGAUGAUAUGGUGAAAAAAAGUACAAUGGACAAAAAUCGAGUACCUAUGCGAAAAAAAAUGAACACUUGUACACAAUCAAUAAAACACAUUAUGGCAAAAAAAAAAUGUUAUUUUUAGGUAAAUCCAAUUUACAUAAUGCAUACAUAACAAUUUGACUACACAACCCAAUAUUUUAACAGAUAAGACUACUGUAAUAGGGAUAAAUAUAUGAUUAUUUACUUGUAAAGUAUAUGAAAUACGAUGGAUUGACAUAAGGAACUCGAAUGUAACGUUCUGUGAUUCGUUGUUUGUAGGUGAAAUUAAUUAAAAAGAAUAAUGUAUCAUAAAAA